UAUUUUAAUAAAUUUAAUAUUGUUGAUUUAUAAUGAUUAUUAGAAUGUAAUUGUAUCAUAUUGUUGAAAUAACAAUAAAUUAAAGCUAAAUUUUGGUUGUCGCUGUGUGAAAUCAACAAGUUUUUUAAAAUCGAAAAUGUCGUUUUUGUACUUAACAUGUUGCUGUUUAAUGUUGUGGUCAAUUGCACGGUCAAUGGCGAAACUUAAGUUUUGUGGAUCAGAUUGCAACGACGCGGGUUGUAAUAACUGGGGAAAAUCAGGAAAAAAUUUGGGCUGUGACUGUAAUGCCUUAACGAAAGGUCGAUUCAGCGGUCGCGAAUGUGAGUCCUACUUGAACGCCUGCGAUAAAGACAGGGGAAAGUGCCAAAAUGGUAGUAAUUGUACGUCGAUAAUGGGACGGCUAUCGUGUGAUUGUCUGGAUGGUUAUUAUGGCGAUUUUUGUGAAAAUUCAAACGGUUCGGAGCCUCAAAAAAAGUAUCCAAAAAAUUGGAGUGUCUAUUAUAGGACAAAAGUGAGACCGGGGGAGCCACUAAAAACGCAUUUUGCAAUUGAUUUCAAUGAUUUUGACGGGGAAUAUGAAAUAAGAGUUGAAAACUUUGCACUGGCAACUAACAGAGUAUUCCGUAUGACAAAACAGAACACUCUAAUGCCCCCGAAAGAAUUAACUGGUUAUUGUCGCAAUAUGAAAAGCAACGAUUAUCCAUUACAUGUUUCUAUGUGUAAUACCAUUCAAAAACUUUACGGUGGUAAAAAGUAUGUCUCAGUUUUUAGUACGCCGCCAUAUUUCAUAUCAAAAAAAAAAAUUAAUACAGAAUAUGCCUACAUUGACAAAAAUAAUCCAAGUAAAGGUAAAUGGGGUGCUUGGUAUGAUAUGAAAAUCAGCGCUUGUUCUGUUAAACAAAAAUCAAUUUGUGCGGUUAAAGACUUUACAUAUCGACAUUUGGUUAUUGACGACGAACAAACCUAUUGCGUACCAUUUGUAGAACCAUACGACAAUAAUUGUAAGAGUCAAAAACGUUUUACUCGAGCCGAUGACUUUGAAAUAAAAAUGAAUGUUACCAAUGACUCACUUUGCGAUAAACAUCUCGACUACAAUUAUGAAUGGAAAAUCUAUUAUGAUGAUAGUAAUACAAUUCCCAAAGGAGAUCCGAUAAAACUCGAGGAUAGCAGCAUUAUUCAUCAAAAAAACCUCCUUAUUCCCAAGUACACUCUUCCUUUAGUAAAACCUGUAAAGUUAGUGGCGCAUUUCCAUGUCACUGUUAAAGAUGAUAAAAUUACAGUGGCCAAUAAAUAUAUGUGUGUAAUGUCUUACUCUUUAUUGGACCUCAAUGCGAAUAUUGUCGGUAGUCCGGAGAUUGUCGUUGACAAUCGUGGUCUCGUAUUUUUGGACGCAUCUUUAUCGAAUAAUCCCAAUGAACCAAAUGAUAGACAAAAUCAUUUGGAAUAUAUUUGGAAUUGUAAUAUUGAAAGUGAUAGGGAAAACUGUAGAGAACAUAUUACAAAAGAUCCAAUUAGAAAAUUAAGCGCCCCUUUGAAUAAAGCAGCCAAGUAUGUAUUCAGUCUAACAGUGAGACCUGACUCUUAUUAUAAAGCCAACAUAGGAAAUCCAAAACAUGCUAACGCGGUUAUUCGAGUGAUACCGCGUAGUCAAACGUUUGCACUUCAAAUCAAGUGUUUAAAAAACUGCGGUACUAUUUCCAGUCCGCUAGAAAUUAUAUACCUCUAUGUUGAGACAAAAUGUAAUAACUGUACAUUUGAAUGGAGCUAUAAAGAAAAAAUGGAAUCUUCUUUUAGGCAAGAUUUUGAUAUCAGAGUGUCUGAUACACCCUCGAACAUCUUAAUAAUAAAAAAAAAUGCAUUGGAUUAUAACAAAGUUUACAUGAUCAAAGUUCUAGAAAAAGUCGAAUUUAUUGAUAGUUAUAUAAUUAUUGAAACUGCUGGGAAACCGGAAGCAGGUGAAUGUCGUAUUGAUGAAAUUAAGUUGUUGAAUGGAAAGUCUUCAUGGAACUUAGAAUGCUGGGGAUUUCGAGAUCAAUACGGAGAUAAAAAUCUAAACUAUGACUUCUAUGAACCUUUCGAAGGCGAUCAGAGUAAUUUAGGCAUAUUAUUAAAACACAAUGGACCUAAAAUAAAAAAUUUAUUGCAUUUAUCGACUAAAAGUACAAUAUUAGUGAGAGCUACAAACAAAUACGGAAUUUACGUUGACUAUAAUAUUAGUAUUCAAGUCAACACGUCGGUAACUGGAAAAUUAGAUAUUUUGUCGAAAGAAAUUGACGAUAAAGCAUUAACUACGUCAGAAACUAUACAAAAAAUUUCAGCUAUAAGCGAAGUGUUGCUAAAUAAUAACAAUAAUAAUAAUAAUACAAGUAAAUUCACUGAACUUCUCAAAACUAUACAAAGAAUAUCAAUGGAGAGGAAUAUAGUAAAUAUUGAACACGCAGCACUGAUUUUGAAUAAAAUCGUUAUGAUUUGCUCUAAAGCAGACAAAGAAAAAAUGAAGCCACAAAAUCUUAAGGAAACGUCAAUUAGUCUAUUAACGGUUACUAAUUAUCUCUUUAAUUAUUUAAGAAAAUCUAAAGAAAAUCACCGUACAGCCGAUAUUGAACGCAUGGGUCGAAUAACAAGUUGUUUGAAGAAUAUAAUCGACACCGUAAUUAGGAGCGUUUCCACGAGAGACAGAAAUAAUAAUGUACGGAAUCGGACACGUUAUAUUGUAUCAUCAUAUCAAAAUUUAGCUGAUAUGACCUAUAACAUUGAAGAAUCUUUAACUAUCAUCGGUGAAUGCUUUACUAUACAUCACAUGAUAUACGAGGCUGAAAAAUAUUAUGAAAGUGUUGAGUCAAAAUUUUGGACCAACGUAAAGGAUAUGAACACGCUAAAAAAUCGAAGCGACUUGUUGAGUCCUGAAUUGGUUCAUGAACUAGCACAGAAAAGCAACGGGACGUGGGGCAUAAAGAUUUUUGAAUUAGAUAAAAAAUUAACGUCUUGGACAUCACAAGACCAUGGAAUGGUUUCCAACAUCAAGUUUAUGACUUUGUCGAAUCACGGAGGUUCUAAUGAAAAUGAGUACCGUGGUUUGACCCGAAACUUUAAUGCACACACGUCCAUACACUUCAAUUUAACUGGCACGUUAAACGAGUCCUUAAUGGAGUACACAAUCCGAGUGCCAGCCCAUGGGUCACAGAGAUUGGACUUUGACAAAGCUGUAGUAGUGUUCAAAUUUGAUACGAAAGAAUUUGGAUCUUUAGUCGUGAAAGUAGAAUCUCUAAACAACGACUUGCUAAUUGCUUGGUUAAGGAAUAGAAGACCCGAUAUAGAUGUUAUGACAAACGAGCAAUACAUUCGAAAAAUAACUGCCGGUAAAUUACAUAAAAUAAAAUUGUUCACAACUGAAGAAAGCGAAGACCACCUACAUUACAUUGGUGUUUUUGUAAAUACAUCUAUCCUAAAUCGAACCUACGAAUCUUUUGAUGUGAAAUUUCGAAUGGGUUUUGUGUGUAUGAAGUGCUUGCGGUGGUCUGGCAGUAGAUGGACAACCGAAGGUAUGAAAGUUGGUCCUCAAAGUAAUAUCCAGGGCCAUAUGCACUGCUUGACUCGUCAUUUUUCAAUGUUUGAAAGUACCGUGUUCGUUUUACCGAUUGUUCCGAGCCCGGUCAACGAUAUAUAUUUAUUUGAUACAGUCUCUGAAAAUAUGGUUUGCCUUAUAUUGAUUGCGAUCAUUUUUGUUGUUUACGUAAUACUUAUGGUUUUCUCCAGAAUUUGGGACAAGAAUGACAUACACAAGUCUAAAAUUAAAGUACUGGACGACAAUUAUCCCGAGGAAGACGAAGCAUAUCUAGUGAUCGUACACACGGGUAACUAUCCGGGAUCUGGAACAACGGCUAACGUGUGUAUCGAACUACAUGGAACUACUAUGAACAGUCGACCCCAUUGCCUCAAUAAUAAUUAUUACAAAACAAUGCAACGGUCAAACGAUGAUUGGUUUUUGAUUUUCACACCUCAACAUCUUGGUGAAAUACAUACUAUUAGAUUAUGGCAUGAUAACGAAGGCUUUGAUCCAGAAUGGUACUGCAAACGAAUUGUAGUAAUCGACGUGAGACAUAAUAAAAAAUAUCAGUUCGAGGUAGAAAGAUGGUUUUCAUUAGUUCGACCGGGUAAAGAUUUCCAUUACAUUAUUAAAAUUAAUAAUCCACGUCACAGGUGGAGGAGAAAAACGAGAGAGCUGGCAGAGACAAUUACACGUGAAAAACAUACUUGGGCUAGUAUUUUUAUGCGUCACCCGAGGUCCCUAUAUACGAGAUGCCAAAGAUUGAAUAUGGUUCUUUGUACUGUCCUGAGCAUUAUGAUAGCCAGCAUGGUAUUCUACGAACUAUUAAAUCAAGACGAAGAACAGUUUUUAAAUUAUGGUUUGCGCAUCAGAGAAGUGAUUAUUGCUAUUCAAAGCGAGUUUUUAGAAUUAAUAUUGACUUUUGGAGUGUAUUUUUGUUUCGAGAAAAAUGCCAGCAUAACAUUCAGAAAAAUUCGAUCAACGAUUCCUCAGAAAAAUCAUGUGCUAGAAAAUAACCUAAAUACUGAAACAUCAAUUUGGAAGAAAAACCCCACAUUGUUAAUAGCACAAAAAAUGACAAAAACGAUUUACUAUUUUCCGGCCCACACAGGAACGCCGUCAAUUCUUUAUCGUUGGAAUAUUUGGCUUAUUACAGGUUGGUCUUGUUGUUUUGUAGUGUACGCAUUUUCUGGAUUCUAUAUAGUUUUGUAUGGUCUGAAAUUUGGUAGAGUGAAAAGCCUUUGCUGGUUAACGGCUAUACUUUUAGGAUUCGUACAAAAUGUGUUGAUAGCCAAACCGUUCAAUAUAAUUUUUACUAGUGCUCUUGCAGCAGCGUAUGAUAAGGAUAAUAAUAGCUUAACAUCUUUGAUGUACAUAAUACAAUUAACACGGUACAGAGAAAAACAUAAACCCUUGUCACAAGAUGCCAAUUAUCUCAAAGCAAUACGAAAAACUCGUGAAAGAUUUUUGUACGCGCCGUUGUCUUCAACUAAAGCGAUUGCAUCGAAAAAUCGACAAAUACAUCUUAUUGAUUAUAAGAACACAAGAGCAAAUUUUUUGUUAUGUAUAGUGUUUAUUUCAUUGUCUGUAUGCUACCUUUGUCUGAUGGAUGCUUUUGGAAAUCAAAUUGACCGAUUACAUGUCAAUCGGUUGGUUUCAAAACACGUAGAACACAUUUUUAAGACCAAGUAUAGCGAUACCAUCACAUCAAAAAACUUAAAGGUAAUAUUGUCGGAAAAGCUCAUAAAAUCGCUUCAUACAUCAGAGCUGUACAAUGGAGAGGGGCUCAUUGAUGAACUGUUGGACUCUGAAGAAUACGAUAGUGUGGGAUGGUUCAACUUAUACAACAGUAGACUUAUAGGGACUGGCAUAAGAUUGCGUCAAAUUAGAAUCAACGAAAACGGUAAAAAAGAUACGAGAGAAUAUGGUCCGGGAUGGACAGAUUUACCAAAAGGGUUAAAAGGUUCGCUGCCUUGGUCGUACACUGAACUAACCAUCAAACAUAAUUUGUUUUUUGAGACGACAAAGACUGACUAUUCUGGUUAUAAAUUAGACUUGGUCGGUGGGCCUUUACAGUGUAAAAUAAUGCUGAACGAGUAUUUUGACUUGCAAUGGUUAGACGUCAGGACAAAAAACUUCUUUGUAGAAUUUCACGUAUUCAACGCAGGAUCGGAUACCGUCACUGCAGUUAAAAUAAAUAUGAUGACGUUGUUUGGACUAUCAUACAAAAUUAAAGUAGAAGUUGAAACAAUACCCACAGCUUCGAUAAUCAUCUCAUGGGAAACUUAUACUUUCACCUUGAUGGUUGUACUCGUUUUCAGCGGAGCGGCAGUUUUUCAACUAAUAAGUCUCUACAGCGAGAUCGUAAAAUUCGGCCUGUCAACUUUCUGGAUAGUGUACGAUGUUAGCCUGGCCUUUGUAAUCGUUUUCUGCAUUGUCUCUUUGCUCGAACGUCUACGGGCGAUGGAAGCAUUAUCAGACAAGUUUAGCUCGGUUAAUGACCAACCGGUGUAUGACGAUUUUGUGGCACCGUGUCGAGCACAUACAAUUGCACUUACAAUGGGCGCAACUUUUACCGCAAUGUCAAUACUAAGGUUGCUGAAGCUGGUUAACCGGCGUGGACCUUUGCGUGUUGUAAAAGCCGCUAUGAACACAGCUAAAUCUAAUGCUAUUACCGUAUUUGUCUGGUCAAUCAUUGUCUCAAUAGCCGCUACUGUUGGUUUCUGUUCACUGUUUUCUUGGAAUCUAUACGGCAUAGCUAACGUUGUACUUGGACGAAGCGCUAUAUUGUUCGAUACGUCAACGCCCUUAAUAGUCACGUUACUUGUCGUCGGUGUAUUAUUUAUUUUCAAUGCUCUUAUUUAUGCGAUUUUUGUUAAAUAUCACAGAUUAUCUAGAAAUUGAUUGGAUACUAUCAAUGAAAGAAAACAUACAUAAUAAUUGUUUCAUUUAAAUUUGUUUUAGUUUGUCUUCUAUCAUUAAGUUAAUAAUUAACAUCAAUUUAUUUUAUUGUAAUUUUUAUCAAAAUAUUUUUUUAUCUUUCUAAUUUUUCAUUGGAAUC